GUUAGCAAAAAAAACGUUAUAAAGUUAUACAUCGACAACAAAUAAUAUCUAAGAAAAAUGUUUGGACAGUUAGCUAAAAAAUUUUCACUGCCACUGAUCAGACUGUGCGGUAUUAUUGGUUGUUGUAGUAGUAGUAGUGGUGGUGGUGGUGGUGGUUGGGGCAACAAUCAGUUAUGGCGACAAAACAAUAGGCAUAAUAAUAAUAAUUGGACAGAUAAAACACGACAGCUAAUCGGCACCGGUAUUAGUAGUAUAGGCCUAAAGAGGACACACCUGUUCGAUGAGUUCGACAUGUUUGAUAUAGUGACAAAGUAUGUCCGUAUAAUAAUCCAAGACAUCAACUAUAAUAGACAUUCAACGGGUACAGGCUUUUUGAUAUGCGGACAGUUGGGCGACGUUGUCUACGCUGUUACCUGUGCUCAUGUAACCGAACAAAUGGUCAGUUGUAAUAUCUACGACUAUAACAACACAUUGAUUGGUUUCGGACAGAUACUAUACUGUGAACCGCAACUGGAUUUAGCGCUCAUCCGUUUUAUCGACUACAACAACACUCCGACGAUAGAGAUCUCAGAGAUGGACGGCUCGGAUCUUGAGUUUGGCGACGAAGUUAUAACAAUAGGCGUCCCAACAAACUAUCAUCAAUCGUGCGACUGGAGUCCCGGUAUUGUCAACAAUCCGUAUUCGCAGUUUCCGCGCGAUUUUGUCGGCCGAUAUUCCCAACUGUACAACACUGUCGACGUAGCUAUGGUUCAUACGACCGCCGAAAUGAUUGCCGGUACGUCUGGCGGACCGGUUUUCAAUAGCGGCGGCAAACUUGUCAGCUAUCAAGUCAGCGGUAGUCCCAGGUUUCGCUAUUUUUUUGGCGGACAAAUCGCUUUAGUUUAUGAUUUUUUUAACACUGCUUACGACUAUUCCAAUCGUAUGACAAUCGCCAGACUACAGGAACACGAACUACAACUGGGACUCACCUAUACUGUCCAACAAAUCGAUGUGAAUAUGGUUUUCAUACAGUAUAAUAUAGUUGUGCCCUCGUAUGGCAAUUAUCAAUUGAUGAAUGACUACGACGAUUGGGGAGUCAUCUACGAGAUCAAUGGACAGCCCAUACCUUCUGAACGUGAUUUUCGUGAGGCCGUAAUGUUUUCGGACAACGAAAAUCCAUUGGCCGUACAGAUAGAUAUCGGCGGUUAUGGCUAUAUGUCCGAUGGUUUUAUCUGGUUGGACGACCAAAUGGGAGAGUUUAAAAUUGUUUAAGUGUAGUGAUUUUUAACAGAAAAAAAACAAAAAUCAAUCAAUUAUUCAGAGAAAUAAAUGUUUGUUUUUUUUUUGUUGUUGUUGUUUAU